UUUCACGCGAUCGGGCCACAUUUCCGCAGAUUGUGAGCAGAGCCUCACAGAUGGCCCUGGAGUUAGAUCAAGCAACACCGCCCAGCCUAACCCACGAUAUCGUAAAAUGGAUAUCACAAGAGUAUCAUGAUAUGAAUGGCUCGUCGAUUCAAACCCUCGAAAGCCCUCCGACAGCAGUGGAGUUCGCACAACUAGUCCACAUAUCCAGGCCUGCUAUCAUCAAAGGUUUUCAAAUCCCAGCCUUGAAUCGAUGGACCGAUGAUUACUUGCAGACCAAUCUGCAAGGUCAACCUGUAUCAGUGGCAAUCACACCCAAUGGGCAAGCAGAUGCUAUUGCAACUGGCCCAGGAGGCAAGUUCUUUUUCGUGGAGCCUUUUGUCGAGAAAGUUUCCAUGGUGAAAUUCCUUGAACAACUUAAUGCAGAACAGGACGGUGACAACCUCCCCGCUUCUUAUCUCCAAUCACAAAAUGGGAAUAUAUAUUCCAGCCGUUUCUUUGAGUCGCCGAACGAUGAUUCGUCAGAAUUUUGUGCCCUUAGGGAUGAUGUUCCAAGUAACAUCCCAUGGGUCACCGAAGCACUAGGCAGAAAUCCUGAUGCCGUAAACAUUUGGAUCGGGAAUAGCAAAAGCAUAACGAGUAUACAUAGCGAUCCGUACGAGAAUAUAUAUACUGUGAUACGUGGAAGUAAACACUUCACGCUUUUACCACCCUGUGAAGGGUGGUGUCUUCAAGAACGGAUGUAUCCUCACGCAGUCUACGGCUAUACCGACAAUAGUAACGGUCUGAGCGUCGUUCCCUCUUCUGAUACUCCUCAAGUUCGCUGGUCUUCGGUGAUCAACCCGGACCUUCCUGGCUCACUGCCCCCAGAAGCUCACCCACUGCAUAUCACACUCGAAGCAGGAGAUACGUUGUACCUGCCAGUUGGCUGGUGGCACUAUGUACAGCAAUCUGGCCCAACUACUAUUGCUCUUAAUUGGUGGUAUGAUGCCGAAGUACGAGGGAUGAAUUGGGUUUGGCUUAGCUUACUCAGGGGCAGUGGUGAUGUGCCAUCAGCCAAUGAUGAAACCAAUACUCGGUGAUUGGUGGUGGACCUAAUAGUGGUGCACACACAUAUAAUAUUAACCGCAAGUACCCAAGAAACGUUUCACUUACGGGUACGAAUAUUUCAAAGUGUUUGUUCAAUAUGAAGCGUGACAGCUUGAUUUUGUGACGGAUC